UGCACUGCUCGUUUUUUUUCGGGGUAGCUCUGUUGGGGGUGUGUAGAACUAGGAUUUUAUGAAUUGCCUGUCUCUGCUGUGCUUGGCCAUCUCUCUCUGCGUCCUCAGUCAGUCUCCUUCUACAUCAUCGCGGCCUUCUCUCUGCCCUCUCCCUCUCCCCUGCCUGCUUCCCACCCCUCCUCCUGCCCUCCUUUCGAUGCCACAUCCGUUGCCCCCAUCUUUCCUCAUUUCUCUGCUUCGAUCACUCUUCUUCUCCUGUCCCCGUCCCUCCUUCAUGUAGCCCUCCUCUCUGUCUCUGUUUCGCGUCCUUCUCUUCUCUUGCUCUUACCCACCCCCCUCUCAUUGUUCCCUUUUCUUGGCAUUUUUCUGCAGGAGUUAGCACGCCCUCAUUUUCCACCUUCCCAGCGAUUUCAAGUUAUGGAGGCCAUGGCUCCUGAUGAGAUGGACCAAGAUUAUCGCCAAAAGAGUGGGCAGGAGGAGCUAGAAGAUAAGGUGCAAGACCAGAUAAGGGCGAAGGGACAGGAGGUAAGAGACCUGAGAGAGGAGAUAAGAGCGAAGGAAGAGGAGAUAAGAGGGCUGAGAGAGGAGAUAAGAGCGAAGGAAGAGGAGAUAAGAGGGCUGAGAGAGGAGAUAAGAGGGGUGGAAAAGGAGAUUGUCAUUGCUUCGGGAACAGAGGUGAGAAAGCUGCUUGAAGCGAAGCUGCAGUUCCUACGGCAAGAAAUAAGCAGUAUCCGGCAUGAAAUAAGUAGCCGCGAUCAACAGAUAGUCAGCCUCCGGCAAGAAAUUUGCAGUGUUCGGUCUGUGCAAGAAGCGCCGGCAUCGGCAGGACUGUCUUUAGGUGUUCCUGAAAAGCUCUUGCAGGAGUUGACAGAAUACCUGGCUGAGCAGAAGGCGAAAUCCAAGUCGAAGAAAUCAGUUCAGUUAUCGUCUGUGAGCCAGUAUAUUUGGGGUACUCUUGAACGGCAGGUAGGCUUGAAAAUGAUGUUUAAUGAGAUUGAUCCUAAUCCCGAGCACUUGAGUGAUCUGCCUGCAUUCGGUUGGGACGAUAGGCAGGAGAGGUCACAGGCUGAUAGGUACAUUCCUCACUUAAACAAGAUAGCAAGUGGGCGGAAGUGGAUGCUGAUAGAUGCUGCAAAUAACUAUCCAACCCUUCUAUCUGGUUUUCUUGGUGGUUGGAAUUUUAAAGGCACCACAGAUGUGGCUUUUGUACAUCGGAUAGUACUCAAGUCUGAUCCACGCCGUGGGUUGAAGUGUAUCUUCGAGCUGAAGAAAGAUCUUCGAGGUGGUCGUGACAAGGCUAUUAUUCAGACUACGAUUAGGCUUGUGAUGGCUAAUGUUUUUGCGCAGCAGUUCAGACCUUUUGCUGUUCUUACCGACCUUGAUGAUUUUUGGUCCUUAUACUGGAUGGAUGCAUCAACAAUAUAUUGGUUUACUUUUGAGUCGAGGGCUAGUGCUGUUGGGUACAUUAAGGAACUUCUGCAGGAUUCCGACAACGACAAAAUGGGAACUUCUGAGGCACUGGCAAUUCAUGCACGUCCACGUGGUGAAGAUGAAGGUCUGCUAUUUGUAAAGAAGCGAAGGAUGUAUGAGCCUCCAGAGAUGGAUAACUUGAAGGAUUUGGUUGGUUUAAUACCUGAUGAAGAAAUCCUGAGUGCUCGAGUUCAACUUAGCGUUCAGCAGCUUGAGAAGCUGCUGCACAUACCCUUGUUCUCUGGUGUACCAGAUGUGGAUGUGCCUUGGCCACAUAGCAUGUACUGUUAGGAGGAAUUAUUGGAACUGUUUGGAAUCACCGGUCGCUUGUCAACAGAUUUUGUUGCUUUUGUACAUAUAUGCGAAGCUCUUGGUGUAAUCUAGAAUUUUUGCAUCGGUUGCUGUCUUGCCAAUGUAAUGCCCAUUCAGUGGAAUAUGAUGUAGUUACCUUCA